AUGGGCAAAACGAAAGACUCCGGGGUGGAGGAGAGACCUAAAUGGGACAACAAGGUUCAGUACCUGUUAACAUGUAUUGGCUUUGCAGUGGGACUUGGAAACGUCUGGCGUUUUCCUUACCUGUGCCAAAUCUAUGGAGGAGGUGCAUUCCUCAUCCCCUACCUAAUAGCGCUGGUGUUUGAGGGCAUCCCCCUGCUCUACCUGGAGCUGGCUAUAGGACAGAGGCUGCGCAUGGGCAGCAUCGGUGUCUGGAACUCCAUCUCACCACUACUGGGUGGAGUUGGAAUUGCCUCCAUGUUGGUGUCAUUCCUGGUAGGCAUUUUCUACAACACCAUCCUGGCCUGGGUGCUGUGGUAUUUAUUUCACUCUUUCCAAAACCCCCUGCCUUGGAGCCAGUGUCCACUCAAUGAUAACCUCACAGGCUACAAUGUGGAGUGUGAGAAGAGCACUCCAGUGAACUACUUUUGGUACCGGGAGACCCUGAACAUCACACCUGACAUUGAGACCAGCGGCUCCCUGCAGUGGUGGUUGGUCAUCUGUCUGGCCAGUGCCUGGUGUGUGGUCUACAUCUGCUUCAUCAAAGGCAUUGAGUCCGUGGGAAAGGCUGUGUAUGUGACAGCCACAUUCCCUUACCUGGUGCUGACUAUUUUCCUGAUCCGUGCCCUCACUCUGCCUGGAGCAACUGAUGGACUGGUGUACCUCUUCACUCCUGAUUGGGAGAUACUGAAGAACCCUCAGGUGUGGCUAGACGCUUCCACCCAGAUCUUCUUCUCUCUCUCUGUGGCCUUUGGAGGUCUCAUAGCUUUCUCCAGCUACAACGAAGAGAGAAACAACUGUGAGAGGGAUGCUGUUCUAGUAGGAGUAAUAAAUAGUGCCACAUCUCUCUACGCCUCCAUUCCCAUCUUCGCCAUCCUGGGAUUUAAAGCCACCACCGCCUACAACUCCUGUAUUAAGGGAAACAUCUUAGCUCUUACCAACUACUUUGAGUUUUCAGACCAGAACAUAACUGUGGAGAACUAUGAUUACUGGCUUGAGCAUUUAAAUGGAACAUCUCCAGGUGAGGUGGCCAGUCUGGACCUGACGCACUGUAAACUGCAAACCUUCCUUGACCAGAGCGCUUCAGGUACCGGCCUGGCUUUUAUUGUGUUCACAGAAGCAGUGAUAGAGAUGCCAGGCUCGCAGAUAUGGGCAAUACUGUUCUUCGUCAUGCUCUUCAGCUUGGGUCUCUCCUCCAUGUUUGGCAACAUAGAGGGAGUCCUCACGCCCAUCAACGACCUCAAACUAGUGCCUAAGUGGAUCCCAAAAGAACUCGUAACAGCGAUCAUCUGCUUGGUAGCCUUCUUGACGGCUCUCAUCUUCACCCUGGGUUCGGGGAACUACUGGGUGGAGGUCUUCAACAGCUACGUGGGCUCUGUACCUCUGCUCAUCAUUGCAUUCUUUGAGAUUACUGGAGUCAUUUAUGUCCAUGGAAUGAAAAAUUUCAGUGAAGACAUCUAUUUCAUGACUGGGAAUAGGCCUAACAUCUUCUGGAAGGCAUGCUGGAUGGUGAUCAGUCCUUUAAUGCUCCUGGUGGUGUUGAUUGCCUACGUGGUCGUCCAGGCACAGACAACCCCAUCUUAUCCCACAUGGAACCCAGCCUAUGAAAAAUUCCCCCAAACUGAAGUGAAGCCCUAUCCAGACUGGGUGUUUGCCAUAAUCAUCCUCCUCUGUGUAGUACCUGUGAUCUCCAUCCCUCUGGUGGCUCUCUACAAACUGAUCUGCUGUAGAAUCAGGAGGUCCUCUGCUGCUCGCAAAGACCUAAAUCCCUACUGCAACGAUGGCUUUGAGGUUGAAACACAGGAACAGAAGAACCAGAGAGCUUAAGAAAAUGUUGCAAGUAACAAUGUUACUGAACAGAAAGGGACAUCCUGAUCUUUGCCAGUGCUUCUGUGAAAUUCUAUCUUAAUUCACUGGACAGCUGACAUAUUUCUAUUUAUUAAACAUUGUAAUUCUUUCCUUUUGCCCGUUGUUGCGUAGUGUAGAUGAUGGAAAAACCAUUUGAACGUAAAUGUAGUCUUAACAUAACACUCAUUUUAAAUGUCAUGAUGAAUCCUUUAAUGACAUCUUAAGCUUUCUACUGUUCAUCGAAAACCAUUUGAUUUCUGUGAGCUUUCCAAAAGAUUGUAAGUGUAAUGUAAAAAAAAAAAAAAAAUCAAAGUCAUCAUUUGACUUAUUCAUGUGGUGGCUGACAAUAUUUAACUGUGAACUUAUUCACAUACAAAUGAUGGCAUGUCUUCUUUGUGGAAAACUAGCACAGAGUGUGAAUCAAAGUCCAGACAAUCAGCUGUGGGAUGAGGUGGGGUCUAGUACAGUAGCUGGAUGAAUUUCAGUUAUCCAUCCUUAUGGAUAUGGUGGUUGUUGUUUAAGGUGUUUAUGACUGUAGUUUAUCACUUAAGUGUUUUAUAUCAGAUGGCAAAGGACUGUUUUUCUCUCUCUAAGGAGUCUUUCCCGACA